GCGAGCUCAGUGCCCGUCUAACCUUGGAAGGGAGAGGACGCGUCGGUCUCCUGCUGCUUGGGGGUAUAGUGUUUGCAGCGCCCUUUUUAAGUAAGGGUGGGCGUUUAGCGAGACACUGGCGCCCGUGGUAGCAAGGGCGGGUGUCCCUAAGGGCGUACGCGUGCCUGGAACCCCUGGAAAGACCCUUAAAGUGCCCUAAAAAUGAGUCAGAGUGUCAGAACCCCAAGGCGACUCUAUUAAACCUCCGCCAUUUUUAUUUAUUUUUUUUUAUUUAAGUGACUACUACUACUACUACUACUACUACAGCGGUCAGGCCGUGUACGGAGAUUCAGCAUGUCAGAAUGUAUGGAAAUAGCGCGGCGAUUGGACAAUGAAGAUUCGGAGGCAUCGAACGACGCCCUCUCUCCGUCCAAGGCCAAAGACGGGAUGGUAAACAACAUAACCCUGUGGCAGUUUCUGUUGGAGCUUCUACUUAGCAACCAGUACAAGCACAUCAUAGCCUGGACGAAUGCAGAAGGGGAGUUUAAGUUACUGAACGCAGAGGAGGUGGCCAGACUGUGGGGGCUGAGGAAGAACAAGACCACUAUGAACUAUGACAAACUCUCAAGGGCUCUUCGCUAUUACUACGACAAGAACAUCAUCAAGAAAGUACUCGGACAGAAGUUUGUGUAUAGAUUUGUUUCCUUCCCUGAAAUUAUCAAGAUGGAGAACAAGAUUCCAUUCCACGUGAAAAUGGAGAGUCUAGGAACGGGCGGCGCCUCCACUGCUGUUAAAAGAGAGGGGGGCAUGUCUCCCUACUCACCCGGGGCGUCAGGACUCCAGCCGGGCGCCCCUUCCCCGCUGGCGCCCAUCACGGGGGUUCCCGGCUCCCCUCCCCAGCCCACGUGGCGCCCCCGCACCUCACCUCGCCCCCGCCAGCUCAGUCCGCUGGCACACAUGUACACAGCGGCAGCGUUCUCCCAGAUGGCGGCGGCCAGCCUGGGGGGCUACCUGUCUGCUCUGGCCCGGCGCCCCCCAGACACACCAGAAGCCCCUGCUCCUCCCCCGCCCCCUGGCCCUGCCCUCUGGCCCCCGGAUCUAGGGCCCCGCUCCCCCUCGCCCCCCUCGGAUGACUCCCAGGACAGCCCCUCCGCCCCCCUCCACCUGGUGACGGAGGAAACCAGCCGGAGACGCCGGGAGGAGGAGGCGGAGGAGAGGCGGCGCGAAGAGAAGCAGAGGUCACGUUCCAGGUCCCCGCGGUCCUCGCCGCCCCCACAGCCCCCCCAGCAGAAGUCCCCAUACCCACACAGGUCCCCACUGCCCUCCCCACCACCGCUGUCGCCCCUCACCCCCCCACCGCCGCGGGAGAAGGCGCCGACACAGACAGAGACGCCCAAGCCGCGGUCCGUCAAGCCUAAACCUUCGCCGCUGGACAUCCAGACCAUCACCGGCUCCCCGCCCAUCCUGUCCCCCCGGCAGAACAGCGCCUGCAGCCUCAACACCCCCGUGGUGAACCUGCUCCCCCCGUACAGCGGCGUGGGUACCAAGUCCCCCUACCUCCCAUUUCAUCUUUGGUCCAGUCUCAGCCCCCUGGCCAGCCUCUCCCCUCACUACGGCUCCCCUCGCGGCCAGCACCACUUCACCUUCCCUGCCCUCCCACAGUACUCCCACCUGCCCCCUCCUGCCCCCACCGCCUCGCCCCUCCUCCCCCCACCACAGCCUUCGACUUCUCAGCCCUUGCCUCGCCCACAGAAAAGUCAGUGCCCGUUUUACAAUGACCUCACACUGUCCAUGUCUCCCCCCCAGGGCCUCCUCCCCCUCCUCCCCCUCCUCCUCCUCCUCCUCCUCCUCCCCCCAGUGACCACCAUAGCCCCUUCUGUGCCUCCUCCUACUCCUCCUCCUCCUCCUCCUCCGAACAGGUAACAGUGAGAGAGAGAGAGUGAGAAAGAGUGUGAGAGUGUGUGUGUGUGUGUGUGUGUGUGUGUGUGUGUUAGAGAGAGAGAGAGAGAGAGAGAGAGAGAGAGAGAGAGAGAGAGAGAGAGAGAGAGAGAGAGAGAGAGAUUUUACUAUUCCUCAUCUCUUAUUUUUCUCAAACUCUCUCUCUCUCUCUCUCUCUCUCUCUCUCUCUCUCUCUCUCUCUCUCUCUCUCUCUCUCUCUCUCUCUCUCUCUCUCUCUCACUUCCUCCUUGUGAAUUAAAACCCAGAUAAAAAGAGAUAGAUAAAAAGAAAACAGCAACAAAAUAAUGAGAUAUCUCUAAUUGUGUCACAUAAUUAAAACUAACUUUAAAAAAAUAUUGUUUAGAUAUUUUGCAAUCUAAAAAAAUGAAAAAAAAUUGAUAGAUGAUUUUUAUGCUUUUGUUUGUGUAUUAUUUCUGGGUUAGGGAGAGAGAGAGAGAGAGAGAGAGAGAGAGAGAGAGAGAGAGAGAGAGAGAGAGAGAGAGAGAGUUUCUUUGUGCCUUACUUUCUGGUUUGUGAGAAAAUUUUCUUUACACAACCAAAGUACAAAAUGAGAGAGAGUGAGAGAGUGAGAGAGUGAGAGAGAGUGAGAGAGAAAGAGAAAGAGAGAGAGGCAGGUUCCUCCUAUUCAGUGGUCAGUGAAUUAUGAAGAACAGGAGACAUGGACUAAAUAUUGUAUAAUUUUAAGGAUACAUGCACAAACACACAAACACACACACAGACAUACAGACAUACAAACAUACAUUAAUUUUUUCUAAGGCUUUUUAUUAAGAUUUUAAGUUUUUAUUACUAUUAUUAUUUUUAUUUGUAUGUAUGUAUGUAUGUAUAUAUAUAUCAUUUAAUUUUUUUAUUAUUAUUAUUAUUAUUAUUAUUAUUAUUAUUAUUGUUAUUAUUAUUAUUAUUAUUAUUACAUGCAAUAAUUAAUGAAGUGUCAUAGUUAUGUGCCAAAUUAUUAUUAUUAUUUUUUUUUUUUCAUUCUCAUCAUUAGGAUUAUUAUUGUUAUUACUGUUAUUAUUAAUUAUUUGUUCCUUGCUAUGUAAUUCAGGGCAUUGUUUUUCAUCUUUAUUCUCUCUCUCUCUCUCUCUCUCUCUCUCUCUCUCUCUCUCUCUCUCUCUCUCUCUCUCUCUCUCUCUCUCUCUCUCUCUCUCUCUCUCUCUCUCUCUCUCUCUUCCUUUUGUCUUCAUAUUUUUCCUCUAUCUUCUUCCUCUUCUUAUUUCCCUUUUUUUUUAUUUUUUAUUUGUCUCCUUCCUCUUCCUCUUCUUUUUUCCUCUUGUGAUCUCUUCCUUAUUUUUUUCUCCUUCUUCUUUUCUUUGUUUUCUUAGUCUUCUUCCUCUUCUCUGUUUUCCCUUCCUCCUCUUUAUCUUCCUCUCCUUCUUAUCCUGUUUUUUCUUCAUCUUAUCUUCUUUGUCUUCAUCUCCUCCUCCUCCUCCUCCUCCUCUUCACCUAACUCAUGUAAAAAAAAUUAAGGGCAUUAUAAAUAUUUUUUUUUCACUUCCAUCCAGAAAAAUUAACAAUAUUCUAGUUUCUUUUCACUUCUAAAAUUCUUGGACUGUUUUUUUUGUUUCCUUGCCAAAAAAAAAAGAAAAAAUACUCUAAUUUUCUUUCCCUGAUACAAACCAACAAACAAAUUUUACACAAUGAGGGAAUGAACUGAGUGAAUUAAAAUAUUGACAUUAUUUUUUUAUAUAUUUUUUUUUUCAAUUUUUCAUUUUUUUUCAUUUUUCCUUCAUUUAUUUUAUUUUUUGUCAUUUUUCAUUUUUCCUUAAUUUCUUCUUAAUUUCUCGUAUUUCUUAAUUUUCAUCUUUUUUCCUUCUUCCUCUUCUUUGUCAUCUUCAUUUUCAUGUUUCCUCUACCUCCUCUUCUUUGUCUUCUUUAUCUUCCUCUUCUUAAUCUUCCUCAUUCUAUUUUGUUUCCCUAUUCUCUCUCUCUCUCUCUCUCUCUCUCUCUCUCUCUCUCUCUCUCUCUCUCUCUCUCUCUCUCUCUCUCUCUCUCUCUCUCUCUCUCUCUCUCUCUCUCUCUCUCUCAUUCAUUCACUGUCAAAAUUAUAAUACAUAUUUGAAGUUAAGUUUUUUCCUUCUUUAUUUCCCCCCAUUUUUCUGUAUUUCCUCUUAUUCUUCCUUCCUUUUCUCUUUUUCAUCUUCUAAAAUUCAAAUAUUCAACUUAAAUCUCAAUUAUAUUCACUUGUUACUUAAAAUUUCACUUAAGAAAGCACAUAAGUAACUUUUUUCCCCAUCCUCUUUUCCUUAUUUCCUUUUUCCUUCUUUAUUCCCUUUCUUUUUCAUCUCUCUCUUUAUCUCCCUCUGUAAACAUCUACUUUAAUUUUUCAUAAGUAUUUUUUUUCUCAUCCUCUCUUCCUUAUUUCUUCUUUUUUUCUUCUUUAUUACCUCUCCAUCUCUCUCUCUCUCUCUCUCUCUCUGAAAACACCUACUUCAAUUUUUCUUAUAAGUAAUUUAAGUGCAUCUUGUCAAUGUUCCCACUCACUGUUAAGUAAUGUAAGCAAGGAGGGUGUUCUAGAUUUAUAAGUAUCAUUGUAGGGGGAGGACGGAUGUCUGUCUGUCUGUCUGUCUGUCUGUCUGUCGAGCGUCUGUCUGUCUGUCUGUCUGUCCGUCUAUCUCCACUACUUGUAAAUAUUUGUAAAUGUUAUUAUUAUUUUUUUUUAUGAUAAUGACUAGUUGUUGUUGUUGUUGUUUGUGUUGUUCUGACGAAAGCCUCCUGCUCGGCCAGAGAGAGAGAGAGAGAGAGAUUUUUUUUUUUUUUUUUUUUUUUGUGUGUGUGUGUGUGUGUGUGUGUGUGUGUGUGUGUGUGUGUGUGUGUGUGUGUGUGUGUUCACAAACAAACCAGUUAGUGCCAAUACGGCUGUGGUGCCACACUUCAGUGCCUUUGUUUAGUGUGCUAAAUGGUGCCAAGAGAGAGAGAGAGAGAGAGAGAGAGAGAGGAUGGUGCCAAUAUUGUGCCUUAUUAUUGCAGCAGUGCCAAAAUUCAGUGCCUUUAGAGAGAGAGAGAGAGAGAGAGAGAGAGAGAGAGAGGAUGGUGCCAAUACUGUGCCUUAUUAUUACAGCAGUGCCAAAAUUCAGAGAGAGAGAAUCAGAAUGCCUUACUGUUUAUAUUAGUGGCUUGAAAUGAAACUACUACUACUACCACUUUUAUUAUUAUUAUUAUUAUUAUUAUUAUUAUUAUUAUUAUUAUUAUUAUUAUUGUUGUAUGUUUCUCAGUGCCUAAUGGUGUCUCCAGUUUUCUAUGACUGUGACUUGGGUAGAAGAAAGAAAAUGGGUAUGGAAACUUGAAUAUCCUUGUACAGAAGACAUGGAGUGUGGCAAAAGAAAACGGAGAAAGAUUAAAGACAGAAAAUAGAUAGAAAAAAAUAAAGAAAAUUGAAAGGUUUAACAUAGAAAAUAGUAAAUAAGAUGAUGAAAGAAAAAUAAUAGGAUAUAGAGGAAUGUUAAAGAAAGAAAGAAAAAGAAAGAAAGAAGGGAAAUUUGAAAUAACCCAAUAUACUCAACGGUGCCAUAUUGAAAACAGUGCCAAGAGAGAGAGAGAGAGAGAGAGAGAGAGAGAGAGAAAAUAGAAAAAGUUUAAUUCAUUUUAAUCGGGAAAAGAGAAAAAAAAGAACAAAUUAAAUAAAAGAAUGAAAUUUUAGCAAGCCAAUUUUAAAUGGAGGGAGAAAAAUAAAUAAAUAAAUAAAAAUAGAAAGUUUAACAAAUAAUUUUCAAUCAAAAGAAGAAGAAUCAAAUGGAGAGAGAAAAUUUAGUUUAAUGCAAAAAUAAUAGAGGAAUAAAUCAAACAAAUAACAUAGAUAAAUAUAAACAGAUACUCAAAGCUGCCAUAAUGAAGAAGUGCCAAACAGUGCCAAAGUGAGAGAGAGAGAGAGAGAGAGAGAGAGAGAGAGAGAGAGAGAGAGAGAGAGAGAGAUGUAUAGUAAAUAAAUAAGAAAUGAAAUAGAAAAAUAUGAAGACAAUAUAAUGAUUUGAUUUAACAAGAACAGGAUAAUAAUUAAAGGAAGGAAGGAAGGAAGCUUGAUAAAGGAAAAAAACAACAGGAGAAAGAAGAAAUUGAAUAAACAAGAUAAUUAAGCCGAAAAGUGAUGAGAUUUUUAUAUUUAAGAAAAAGAAAGUGUGCAUGUGCGUGUGUGUGUGCGUGUGUGUGUUUCUAUGUACAAUAAUGUGCCAUAACUUCUAUAGUAAUUAUUGUACCAUCUCAGGCUGACUGUAAUGAUAAUAAUAAUGAUAAUAAUGAUGAUGAUGAUAAUACCACUGCCUAAUCUGUUGUCUGAGAGAGAGAGAGAGAGAGAGAGAGAGAGAGUGUUUGUAUGGAUGUAGUUCUUGUUCAUUUAUUUUGUUUUUUUGUUGUUCUCAUUUUUUUUAUUUAUUUUUUUUUUCCAAGCAUUAUUUUUACUAUUGUUUUUUUAGGUUAAGGUUUAAGUUAAAGGAAUACUCUUAAAUAAUAAUAAAAAAAAAAACAGCCCUGCUUUUUGUGAUGCCUUGAGGAAAGACAACAAUUAAACAAAAAUACGUGACAUUGAUGUGAAAGGAAAAAAAAUAAAUAAAACUGACCAAAAUAAAAAAAAAAUUAUUAUUAUUAUUAUUUUCAUUUAUUUUUUUUUUUAGGAUUUUUGAAACUGAGAAAAUUGUUUAAAUGUGAACUUUAAAAAAUGUUAAAUUAUUUUUGCUAUUAUUAUUAUUAUUAUUAUUAUUAUUGUUUUAUCAUUAUUAUUUUAGUUUUUGUUGUUAUUACUAUUAUUAUUUUAUUAUUAUUAUUAUUAUUAUUAUUAUUUAUUUUUAUUAUUAUUAUUAUUUUUUGUUACUAUUGAGAGCAAUCAUUCCUUCACCCGUUUGUUCGUUCGUUAGUUUGUUUUUGCUGUAAAUAUGUACAUUACUUAGCAUGCGUACGAGUGUCUGUCUGUAUGUACGUGUGUGCAUCACCGACAUACACACACAAACCCUCAUCAUGUUUCCGUAUGUCUGUAUGUACGUGUAAUUGUGUAUAUAUCUGCAUGUGCGUGCGUAUGUGCGUGUGUGCGUUAUACAUAAGUGGUGCUCUGAGUGGUAAUGACCUUGAGAAGAGUUAAACAAGUGACCUCACAUGACCUGAGAUGAGGUUAGGUUAAGGUGGGGGUUGUGGGGUGGGAGGGGUCAGUCGGGCAUGCACUGAUAAUGAUGAUGAUGAUGAUGACGAUGAUGCUGAUGAUGACGAUGGUGGCUGCAGGAGGUCAGACGUGGCUCAAAUAUUCUUACUGUUUUACCAUUAAUCUAUUUGUGAUAAAAUACGUGCCAAUCCUGAAGUAAAUAAAUAAAUAAACAAACAAACAAAUAAAUAAAUAAAUAAAAAAAAGGACUAUGUUUACUGCAGU